AUGCAAUCUCCUGAAAAGAGAAAAACGGAUUUAGCAUCUCUUGACCCGGCUUUUAGAGUAAAGCAGUUGGCUAACUAUGGAGCUAUGGUAGAAGUAGACCCAAAUGUUCCUCCUAGAAGAUAUUAUCGGUCAGGGCUAGAAAUGGUGAGAAUGGCAAACGUAUACCUCGCAGAAGGAAGUCUUGAAAAUGCCUACAUUCUUUAUAUGAAAUUUAUGACUUUGUUUUUGGAGAAAGUUCGUAAACACCCAGAGUACAAUACAAUACCUGCUGACAUCAAGUCGGUUAAUCAGGCAAAGCUUAAAGAAGUCAUGCCUAAAGCUGAAAAACUGAAACAAAAACUCUUAGAACAAUAUACUAAAGAACAUGUACUUUAUAAAGAGAAUGAGUCUAAACGAAAAGUGCAAGAAGAGGCAAGAAGAAAACAAGAGCAGGAGGAUGCAAAAUUGGCACAGAGGCUGCAGGCUGAUGAGAAUAGACAAGAUGGUAAUGCCACCACACCGCAUCUUACUCAUACGGAGAACUGGGCCGUAACACCAAGUGCACCGCCAGUAGAUGGUGUUUUAUAUCCAGAUGACUUUGCCACUGAACCUCCUAGAGCACCAGCACAUCAUUAUAAACCUGUACCACCACUAAUUCCACCUAAGCCGAUACAGGAAGAUUACAGUGACUUAUUACCAAUGGCGGGAGGUCUACGAACUGUGGUGGUACCAGCAACUCUCAUGGCGAAAUUCCUCACUAUAGCUGCGGCAAACACUGCCAAAAAUAUUGAGUUAUGCGGCAUUUUAGCUGGAAGGUUGGAAAAAAAUCAGUUGAAAAUAACUCAUGUGAUUGUGCCAAAACAAUCUGGUACAGCUGACUCUUGCAGUACUAAUAAUGAAGAAGAAAUAUUCUACUAUCAGGACCAACAUAACCUCAUUACUCUUGGUUGGAUACAUACCCAUCCAACGCAAACAGCAUUCCUGUCUUCAGUAGACCUGCACACACAGUGUUCCUACCAACUUAUGAUGGCAGAGGCCAUUGCUAUCGUCUGUGCGCCUAAAUACAACGAAACGGGCUAUUUCGCCCUUACACCGGACUAUGGCAUGAAAUUCAUCGCGAAUUGUCGGGAGACCGGGUUCCAUCCCCACCCAAAUGAUCCACCACUAUUUUAUAAUGUAACGCAUAUGCGCCUGGACAACACAUCGCCCGUGGAAAUGGUGGAUUUAAGAAGAUGA